AUGGUCGCUGAUAACUCGGAAAAAUCCACAAAAUCUGUUGCCAACGGAUCAUUGAUCAGCACAGUUUCAAGCAAAGAUGACCUUCCAAAUGCUAUUAUUGUGACUCAAGUUCCAGAAGACGUGUUCGAUAAUAAAGAAGACAAAGCGAACUUCUCAUCUCUCUUCACUCAAAUCGAAAAGGACAUUCAUUUCGAUUUCCUCCGAAGCUUCCGACGAGUUCGAGUAAUCUUCUCUUCACCUGAAAACGCAACGGCAGCUAAACUCAUCGUCCAGGGAUUCUCUUUCAAAGGACACGAAUUGAAAGCAUUUUUCGCUCAGAGGAUUUAUAUGAGUGCUAAUUCUCAAAUGCUUCAACCACCGCCACUCGAAAAACAGUUUCUGAUUUCUCCACCAUGCUCACCGCCAGUUGGAUGGGAACAAACGAAAGAUAUGCCACCUGUUGUUUGUAAUUUUGAUUUGAUGGCGAGACUUGCGUCAUUCGCAAUCGAUGAAAAAUACGAAGUUCACAAUGGAGACGAUUUGACCCCAACGAUUGUCGUGCAUCCGUGUGAAACUCCAAUUGAUAUCCCAUCUGCAUUGGAAAUGCCACGAACUCCUCGUCCAUCGUCACCUGCUGAAGAUGCUGAAUAA